AUGCAGUUCUUGUCUUGUUUACGGAGGAUUAGAUUUGAUUUUCGGUGCUUCGGGUCCUUUCCCACCACAGACUUAGCCUCUGACGUAGAAGAAGAUGAUCAGGAGGAGAAAGAAAAUGAAGAUUAUGGAAAAAAUGAAAAAGCGGGUUCUACUGUAUUCUCCAAAUGGUUCAUGGUUCUACAAGAAGAACAGAGCAAAUACAAAAAAGAAAUAGGUAAAGAGAGAGAGAGCUCUGUUCUUCCUCCACCAAAUGCUCUGUUGCUCAUGCGUUGUAGGUCGGCUCCGGCCAAAAGCUGGGCAAAAGUACAGGAAGCAGAAGAAGAAGAAAAAGCAGAAAUUGAAGAUGAACAUAAAAAGGGAGAGGACAAAAAAGACAAUCUCAAAGUAAAAGAAGGGAAAAGGAGAAAAAGCUUGGCAUCUUUGAUGAGAGAGGAGAAUGAUUUUGACAAGCUUGCAUGCGGUAUUGCCAAGGAGACUUGCGUUGUGGGUGGUCUGAAAGAUCCAUUCUCGAGGAGUCGAAGUUGGAAGAGAUGA